GAAGGGAGUUAGUAGUGUGGCAACAUGCGGGCGGAGUUCGUCAGGGUGUGCGGGCGGUAGCAGGGGCUAAGCAGCCUGGGAGCCUCAGUGUAUGUGUGCGAGGUGGGGCGGAGUGUUCGCGAGUAUUCCCUGAAAAACUUCAUCAAUGUGGAAGCAUAUAUGGCGUGGUUUUCUAGUAUGUCAGGCUUACUGCCAGCAGUAGUCCUGGUUCUCGUUGCGCUCACAGGUAAAGUGUUCACGGGCCGCCACACCUGCACCCGCUAAUGUACUCCACUACAGCAGGCGCCGGGAGCAGUGUGGGCGGGCGAGCGGCAGCUGAGUCUGAUUUUACCCCAGGCGUACCUGGAUCAUGGGUGCCAGUGGGCGGGGCAGGGGGCGGCUGGGUGUGGGCGAUGAGGGGGCGGGGCGUGGUGCUACCCUGCCUCCCGCCCCGCCCCGCCCCCUCGCCCCAGGAAGCCCUCGGCGUCACCUGGCUGAAGAAUAACGUCUCCGUACAGGAUCGGCGUCACAUGGUCACAGCAGCGGGCCACCUCAACAUUACCAAGGUGAUCCACAGGCGCACUGGCAUGACUGACGAGGGGGAGUACCGCUGCCUGGUGACUACUCCCGCCGGCGUCAUCACCAGCGCUCCCAUCACUCUCCGUGUCGCGAGUCUCACCAAGAACUUUGUGGUGAGCCCCUCCAAUGUGACGGUGCUGGUGGGUGAGGCUUUGCGACUCUCGUGCCAAAUUGGACUCCCAGCCCCCUGCCUCACUCCUGUGGACCCAAGAUCAACAACCUCUACCUCAACACGACAGGUACACAACCCCCUUCUCAGGAGUACUGCACAUUGUGGGAGUGCAGGCCAGCGAUGCAGGCACAUACAGAUGCCUGGCGACCAAUGCUUGUCCUCAGCAAGGAGCGUCGGAGCAGCAGCGUGACCGUCACUGUGCUGGAGGCCGGGGAGGAGGAUGUCUUCCGGGCCCCCUCCUUUCUCUCCCCCAAGAAACACCUCAAAGUCAGGAAGGGAGAAGAUGCUGUCCUAGAGUGUCUCACCACAGGGCUGCCUCUCCCCAGCAUCUCUUGGCAACGAAAAUGUGAGUCCAGCUUUGCAUUCAUCUGUUCUGAUUCUUGCUUCUGAUUACAACUGUAGAAUCUCAUCUUACCCUUAGACAUAUACUCCAGCCUUGCACAUUCCUCAGCUAAUUAUUCAUUCUUGAGUAUUCUAAUCCGCUUUCAUCACAUUGAACAGAGGAUUGCUCAAUACAUACAGUAUCUGCAUUACUAAAAUAGAUUCUUCCAGUCAUCUCUCAUUUUCUUAAAAUGACCACUUAAGAGUGGUAAAUUUGAUAGGUUCUACUCUUUAGAGUGUUUUUCCUUAUCUAUACUAGACAUGCCAAACCUUUCACGUGUAGCAUGCCUCCAUUAUGGAAGUGCAGCCUUCUGUAAUCAUAAACAGUCAUCAGUUACUCCAUCUUCUGUCUGAUCCAACUACAUUAGUCAUACAAUACAGUUUCAAGCACAAGAAGUAAAAAUUAGGAAACAAAGUUCCAGAAUGAUUAGUGUUUCCCUGUCAUUAGAUCUGAUGAU